ACUAUGCUUUCCUUCUUUUAGCAUCUAUAUAUACACUAUCCUAUACCUUCAAAAACAACACAAGCUUUCGGAAUCCUCAAGCAUCAAAAUUCAGAUUCAUUCUCUGUAAAUUUGAGAUUGUUCUUCUUCCUUAAACCACCUCAAAAAAUGGGUUUCCGUUUACCUGCCAUCCGACGGGCAUCAUCACUCAUAGCAAGACAAGCAUCUCCAAAAUCUGACGACAUACCGAAGGGCUAUUUUGCCGUUUAUGUUGGAGAGAGACAAAAUCGGUUUGUGAUUCCCAUCUCUUACUUGAACCAACCUUCAUUCCAAGACUUACUGAGUCAAGCUGAGGAAGAGUUUGGAUAUGAUCAUCCCAUGGGAGGCUUGACAAUUCCAUGCAGUGAAGAUGUCUUCCAACAUACAAUUUCUUUCUUUAAGGGACAAUAAUUCUCACUUUAGGAGACUGACAUAGAUUAUUAGAGACAUUUUGUACAAUAGGCAUCUUCUCAAACUUGUAACUAUUAUUACAAAAUUUUGACUAAUGAUGAUGAAUUCAAAUACUAAGUUUCUGUCUAUUUAUCCAUUUCAAUUUUUUCUUUUCCCAAUAAUUAGAAUGGUAUACAGCAUCAACAAGACUGGAUUAUUUUUAUGAAUUUCACAGCAGGAAAAAAGGACGAAGACAAGGCAGAGAGGGGCAGAGAUAGUAGUAUUUUGUUAGGCCGAGGAGAAGCACCAAUUUCUAUAGAAUGUGUUUGAAACGUUUUUAAAUAUUUAUAAACACUUAAAUUAAUGUUCUCAAUCAUUCACGAGAUUUUGCACCUGCCUAGGCAUUUAUGAUAGACUUAAAAUUAAGUUUUGUUGUUCCAUUUAACGAUGGGAUGAUGCAAGGUUUCGUUUAUUUAUAUAUUGGUUCCGAGCAUAAUUUUCCAUUUUACAGGAGGAUGAGAUUUUAGUUGUUUGAAGUGUUAAAUAAACAUUUCAGAAGAAAGAAAAC